UAGUCCACUUGCUUGCUGUAUUCACAGCUGUUUCAACCAGUGGAAUACAGUUGGUGCUUCGAGUGUUUGAAUUACAGUAAGAAAUUUACUUACAGUACCGUGAAGCAAGUGUUAUCACCACAUGAUAAAGGAAUGUCCUGUGGACCGAAAAUCUGGAUUCUGUGGUUUUCGUCGUGGGUACUGAAAUGUUUAAUGAAGCCUUUCAUCAUUCUGCGGUACAUCCGGAGAAGCCAGAAACUGCCACCUAUCCACAACAAACUCUUGCUACACAGUGCAACUAAUCUGGCCCGCAUGAUUAGAACCAGACAGGUCACAAGCGAAGAAGUGGUUCAGGCCUACAUUUCACGUAUUCGGGAUAUCAACCCUUUAGUGAACUGCAUGAUGGACAAUCGAUUCGAGGCGGCCCUUCUCGAUGCCAAGUAUGUGGAUCGUGUUUUGCAGAUGACGAACAAAACUGAGAAGCAAAUCGCGAAGGAAACGCCGUUCCUUGGCGUUCCACUUAGCGUUAAGGGGAGCAUAGCGGUUAAAGGUUUGAAUCACAGCGCUGGGGAACUACGAUUUCAAGGGCGUAAAGCUCAGGAAGACGCUGAAACGGUGAUGCUUAUGAGGGCUUCCGGAGCCAUACCCCUUCUGGUUACAAGUACUCCUGAGCUCUGCAUGAUGAUAGAAACUUACAACAAAAUAAUCGGAACUACCAACAAUCCGUACGACCUCCGACGAACACCCAGUGGAUCGUCAGGUGGAGAGGCGGCUUUAUUAGCCUCGGCUGCUUCUGUCAUCGGUCUGGGCUCCGAUAUUCUUGGUUCUUUACGAAUACCAGCAGCGUUUACGGGAAUCUUCGCACACAAACCAACACCAGGAGUCGUGUCACACUCAGGACACAAUCCUACUUCAACGGACAAGGACUGGAGUAGGUUUUUCACCAUUGGUCCAAUGUCUCGUUAUGCGGAGGACCUCGCCCCGAUGUUAAAUGUAUUGGCAAAAGAAAAUGCAGAUAAAUUGCGACUGGAUGAAAAGAUCAAUAUGGAUUCGAUAAAGAUUUAUUACAUGGAAGAUGACGGAGGUUGUGCUUUAACUGAUGAUGUAAGUCGGGACAUUAAGGAAUCCAUACAGAAAGCUGUUCAAUAUAUGAAAUCAGCCCAUGGCACUGUAGUAAAGAAAGUUGAUAUCAAGGAUUUGAAGUAUGCCCAUGAUCUCUCUGUGCCAAUAAUUACACAACUAGAAGACAUAAGAUCCGUUCACAGAAUUGAGAGCCAUCCUAAGCCGUGGAGGACCAUCUUCAUGGAACUUGUCAAGCUCUGUACCUGUUUCUCUGAGAGGACUUUUCCCACUAUAUGUUAUGCCGUCGUAAAGAAGUUAUCGCUGUCAAUUCCGAGAAGAAAACUUGAAAAAUUCAAAGAGAGGAAUGAGAGCCUCAAAAAGGACAUCUACGAAAUGCUUGGAAAUGACGGAGUAUUUCUGUACCCUACAUUUAUCGACUGCGCUAACUUCCACCUAGAGUCUUACUAUAAGAUAUUCAACAUAUCAUACACGAUGAUAAUGAACGCAUUAGAAGUGCCAGUUACAAAUUGCCCCAUGGGCAUGAAUGAACGAGGUCUGCCGAUUGGAAUUCAGAUUGUGGCUGCACCAUUCGAGGAUCGGCUGUCAAUUGCAGUAGCAAACGAAUUACAAGCCGCAUUUGGAGGGUGGACAGAACCCCCUGCUUCAGAACGAGCAGCAUAACAUAUCUUAUACUCAGCCCAGAGACUCGUCACUUACAAUAAGAGACAAAAUCUGCAUCUAAAAAUAAAUAAAUAUUAACAUUGGCAAAAUCCUCUUGGGCGAAUUCGGGGCGAAAUGAUGCUGCUGAUCGCCCAAGAGAAUUAAAUCGUCCUUAGUAGCCUAUAAUGCUUCAAAGCAUCAAAUACUAAUAUUAAUAAUAAUAAUCCCAAUAUAUUUAAAAUUUCAAACAAUAAAAGAAUUCCGACUGAACCAGGAUUCGAUCACAUGACACAAGGCCACCCCACUAACCCAUGAGCUAAAUUGCAAUUCGUAAUUCUCAUUAUCGAAAUAUGGUAUUAACAACACAAGUUUUAUAAAGUUUCAGUUUGAAGUCGAUUGCCUGAUUAAGAUAAUAUACGUUUUGUUCCAUGAAUGAUUUACUUCAAAAUUAAUAAGUUAUGAAAAAUGGCGACAUGCUUUGUAACCAUUGCAUGUGUUAAAUAUUUCGUAAAAUAUAAACAUAAUGAAGUCCCUCAGUUUUAAACUGUGCUCAUACACAUUCUAAUUAACGAAUGAAAUAACAGAGCAUAAAGAGAAACAAUGAUGUUAAGAACUAAGGUCCUUGUUUCUUUAAACACAGAAGAUAUUCCGAACAGCUGAGAGCAUUUUAAAUAAAAAGAAACAAACAAACACGUUUACUCCUAGGCGGACGGCAACUUUCAUUUCUUCUUAUUGCCAACGAAGUGUAAAAAAAAUGUAAAUAUUUAAUGAUGUCAUAUUUCAUAUUGGUGUGUGUACAAGAACAAGUUUUUAUCCAAAUAUUUAAAAUUAUGUUUAUAUUCUGGACUUGGUAUCUAUCGGUUAAUAAAGUUGAAGAUGUCCUUGGCACGGGGAAGUUUCCAUACCGUCAUUGUUUACCAUACACAAACAUUUCAGUUACAGUUUAAAAUCACAUAAAAGUUAAAUGUUAAAGAUUCUUAACAACAAAUUAAUAUUCCACAAAGUAUAUUUUAAAACUAUUCAAUUAACGUAAGUUAAAACUCUGUAGUAUUUAACAUGGGCAUUAAUAUUAAGAAACACUGGUCGUUCAGUACAAGUAAUAUAUCGUUGAGAGCUCCGUGUAUGAUUACUGAAUCAUUAAUCAUCAUCAUCAUCAACACCAGCCUUCAACGUCUUAGGCCGUUACUUGUAGGGUCUCCUUGACAGAUAUGCAUCCAUUUUGUUGGUAACAGAAAAUAUGGAAUCGCCUUAAAUGUUUACGAAUUCCAUGACAGUUUGCAUAUUUAAUUCCAUAUUUCCAUAAUUCCAUAAUUAUGCCUUAUAUUUAUUUUAUAUUGUAGGCUAACCUUUGUCUUCAUUGUAUUCACAUCAUGACAUGAGCAUAUUAUAUAAAUAAAAACAUUAAAAUCCAACCUUAAA